AUGCCAACAUAUGAUGGUGCAGAAACAACUCUUGAAACUGUGGAAUGUGAGAAAGAUGUAGGUGUAAACAUAGACUCUAAACUUAAAUUUGACAAGCAUAUACAAACACAGGUUAACAAAGCCAACCAACUAGUAGGACUAAUCCGAAGGUCAUUUAGGUACUUAGACGACAAGAGUUUCUGUUUACUAUUCAAAGCACUAGUUAGACCCCAUCUUGAGUAUGCCAGCAGUGUUUGGAGUCCAUAUAAGAAAAAGGAUAUUGAAUCAGUUGAAAACGUACAAAGACGGGCUACAAAAAUGCUUCCAAACUUGAAAGAUUUAUCAUACGAAGAAAGUUUAAAACUCUUGAAAUUACCAACACUUAGAUAUCGUAGACUACGAGGCGAUAUGAUCGAGACCUAUAAGAUUCUCAAUAACAUCUAUGAUGAAAGGGCAUCAAGUGGUAUUUUUACACUAAGUAGUGGUUCAACAACAAGAGGGCAUUCUUUGAAGUUAGUCAAGAACAGGAGUAGGCUAGAUCUUAAACAGUAUUAUUUCACCAACAGAGUAGUGGAAGUCUGGAACAGUUUUCCUGAGACAAUUGUAACUGCCAAAAACAUUCAAAAGAAGACUAGAUAA